CUCAAGCAAGCAAAGAUGGCGAACUUACAAGUGUCUGGGAUAAUUGAAAAGAUGACGGGUAAAGAUAAAGAUUAUCGAUACAUGGCAACCUCUGAUUUGCUCAACGAGUUGAAUAAGGAUUCCUUUCAACUCGACGCGGACUUGGAGAUGAGAUUGUCGAGCAUCAUACUGCAACAGCUCGAUGAUGUUGCUGGGGAUGUUUCUGGAUUGGCUGUUAAAUGUCUUGCUCCAUUGGUGAAGAAGGUCGGAGAAGAUCGUAUUGUGGAGAUGACCAACAAGUUAUGUGAUAAACUGCUGCAUGGGAAAGACCAACACCGUGAUACCGCAAGCAUAGCUCUCAGGACUGUUGUCGCUCAAGUUGCUCCUUCGUUUGCUCCAUCUAUUCUUGUUACUCUGACUCCACAAAUGAUAGGAGGGAUAAGUGGCCAGGGGAUAAGCACAGGGAUUAAGUGUGAAUGUCUUGAGAUCAUGUGUGAUGUCGUGCAAAAAUAUGGAAGUCUGAUGGCAGAUGAUCACCAGAAGCUACUGAACACAUUGUUAUUGCAACUGGGCUCUAACCAAGCCACAAUCAGGAAGAAAACUGUCACAUGCGUUGCAUCUCUUGCUUCGAGUGUGUCUGAUGAUUUGCUCGCAAAGGCGACAGUUCAAGUUGUUAAAAAUCUAAGUAACAAGAAUGCGAAAUCGGAGAUUACACGCACCAAUAUUCAAAUGAUUGGAGCUUUAAGCCGUGCUGUCGGAUACCGAUUUGGGAUUCAUCUUGGUAAUACUGUUCCAGUAUUGAUCAAUUACUGCACCAGCGCCUCAGAAAAUGAUGAGGAGCUUCGCGAGUAUAGUUUACAGGCACUUGAAAGUUUCUUGCUACGGUGUCCAAGGGACAUCUCACCAUUUUGUGAUGAAAUUUUAAAUCUCACUUUGGAAUAUAUAAGCUAUGACCCAAAUUUUACGGACAACAUGGAGGAAGAUACUGAUAAUGAGACUCUUGAAGAUGAAGAAGAUGACGAGAGUGCAAAUGAGUACACGGAUGACGAGGACGCCAGCUGGAAAGUUAGGAGAGCAGCGGCGAAAUGCUUAGCAGGGUUAAUAGUUUCUCGUUCUGAGAUGAUCUCUAAAGUAUAUCAAGAGGCUUGCCCGAAACUAAUUGAUAGAUUUAAGGAGAGGGAGGAAAAUGUGAAGAUGGAUAUUUUCAACACAUUCAUUGAUCUGUUACGGCAAACAGGAAAUGUGACGAAAGGUCAAACUGACACCGACGAAUCAAGGCAAAUUUUUCUGCAUCCUUUCACUCCAUUAGUAUGGACUCCAAAAUGGCUACUGAAGCAAGAAGUCUCGAAGAUUGUGAAAUCCAUAAAUAGGCAACUGCGUGAAAAGUCUGUUAAGACAAAGGAUAAAUCUUCUACUUCAAACUUGAAAAUCGAAGCUCUUGUCUUCACAAAGUUAGUCUUGGCAUCGCAUGCGCCUCCUGUUUUUCAUCCGUACAUUAAGGCUCUUUCUAGCCCUGUUUUAGCUGCUGUUGGUGAACGUUAUUACAAGGUGACCGCUGAGGCAUUAAGGGUUUGUGGGGAACUGGUCAGAGUAGUACGUCCAAGUACUGAGGGUAUGGGUUUUGAUUUUAAACCAUUUGUUCACCCAAUCUAUAAUGCAAUAAUGUCUCGCUUGACAAAUCAAGAUCAGGACCAGGAGGUCAAGGAGUGUGCUAUUACCUGCAUGGGUCUUGUGAUUUCAACAUUUGGCGAUCAACUCAGAGCAGAGUUACCUUCAUGUCUUCCUGUGCUUGUUGACCGCAUGGGAAAUGAAAUCACUCGCCUCACAGCAGUGAAGGCAUUUUCUGUCAUUGCUACUUCUCCGCUGCACAUUGAUCUAUCAUGUGUCUUGGACCAUUUAAUUGCUGAACUAACUGGGUUCUUAAGGAAGGCUAACCGGGUUCUAAGGCAAGCAACACUGAUUACUAUGAACACCUUGGUAACAGCCUAUGGGGAUAAAAUUGGCUCAGAGGCUUAUGAAGUUAUUCUUGUGGAGCUUUCAUCUCUGAUAAGUGUUUCGGACCUCCACAUGACAGCUCUUGCACUUGAACUCUGCUGCACUCUGAUGACUGGAAAGAGUUGUAGUGAAAAUAUCAGUUUGGCAGUUCGCAACAAAGUUCUUCCGCAGGCACUAACUCUAGUUAAAAGCCCAUUGCUCCAGGGUCAAGCACUUUCGGCUCUGCAAGGAUUCUUUGAAGCUCUGGUGUAUCAUGCGAAUACGAGUUUCUACACCUUGCUGGACUCAUUACUUUCUUGUGCUAAGCCUUCUCCUCAGUCUGGAGGUGUCCCGAAGCAAGCAUUGUAUUCAAUUGCACAGUGUGUCGCGGUUCUUUGUCUCGCUGCGGGUGAUAAGAAUUGUUCGUCUACAGUUAAAAUGCUUAUGGAAAUCCUUCAAGAUAAGAGCGGAAAAAAUUCGGCAAAGCAGCAUCUUGCCCUGCUGUCUCUUGGUGAGAUUGGGAGAAGGAAAGAUCUAAGCGCACAUGCUGGCAUCGAAACAAUCGUCAUUGAGUCUUUCCAAUCUCCUUUUGAAGAAAUAAAGUCUGCGGCUUCAUAUGCUCUUGGAAACAUUGCUGUGGGCAAUCUGUCGAAUUAUUUACCUUUUAUCUUGGACCAGAUUGAUAAUCAACAGAAGAAACAAUACAUUCUUCUUCAUUCACUCAAGGAGGUGAUCGUGAGGCAGUCUGUUGAUAAAGCGGACUUCCGGAAUUCUAGUGUUAAGAAAAUACUCGCUUUACUGUUUAACCACUGUGAAAGCGAGGAAGAGGGUGUGAGGAACGUUGUUGCUGAAUGCUUGGGAAAAAUGGCGCUGAUAGAACCUACGAAACUGGUUCCUGCACUUCAGGUGAGGACGACUAGUCCAGCUGCUUUCAUUCGUGCGACCGUUGUUACUGCUGUGAAAUAUUCUGUGGUGGAGAGGCCUGAGAAGUUAGAUGAAAUUAUCUUCCCUGAGAUCUCUUCAUUCCUCAUGCUGAUUAAAGAUGGUGACAGGCAUGUUAGGCGUGCAGCUGUGUCAGCUUUGAGUACCUUUGCUCACUAUAAACCAAGCCUUAUUAAAGGACUCCUCCCUGAGUUGCUACCGCUUCUUUAUGAUCAAACUGUUAUUAAGAAAGAAUUAAUAAGAACGGUUGAUCUAGGGCCAUUCAAGCACGUUGUUGAUGAUGGGCUUGAACUGAGGAAAGCAGCUUUUGAGUGUGUAUUUACUCUGCUCGAUAGCUGUCUUGAUCAACUGAAUCCGUCUUCUUUCAUUAUUCCUUUCCUCAAAUCCGGACUCGAAGAUCAUUAUGAUCUUAAGAUGCUUUGUCAUCUUAUACUCUCUCUACUAGCGGAUAAAUGCCCCUCAGCCGUGCUAGCUGUGCUGGAUUCUCUUGUGGAACCACUGCAAAAGACAAUAAACUUCAAGCCAAAGCAAGAUGCAGUGAAGCAAGAGCAUGACCGUAAUGAAGACAUGAUCAGAAGCGCUCUUCGUGCUGUCUCAUCAUUGGAUCGCAUCAGCGGAGUGGAUUAUAGCCACAAGUUCAAGAGCUUAAUGGCUGAGAUGAAGAGGUCUGAACCAUUGUGGGGGAAGUAUCAGACAAUCCGCAACGAGUAA